AUGGAAUGGUUCGAUGAUAAUUCGUCGUCUUCCUCCAACGAGGUAGCGCAGACGAUCAUCGAUGAGAUCCAUAAGCAGAAACAAUUGCUUGCUCAAAUGUACUCCCAACCGGCGUCGGAACGUGUUGUUCAUCAUCGACAAUACGUCCACUGUGAUCGUGAGGCUGCCCAUUUACGUCUUAUGCAAGACUACUUCAACGAUAAUCCGACGAAUGGGCCUACAUUUUUCCGACGUCAUUUUCGGAUGCAGAAGGAGAUGUUCUUGCGCAUCGUCGAGGCUGUUCAAGGUGAAGAUACUUAUUUUCAGAUGAGCCAUGAUGCACGAGGUCGGGACUCUCUCACGCCUUUGCAGAAAUGCACGACGGCUAUCCACCAAUUAGCCACCGGCGUCAGUGCGGAUACUUUCAACGAGUAUCUCAAGGUCGCCGACACGAAGGGGUGUCUAUGCCUCAAGAGAUUCUGCGAGGCAGUCAUCCGGGCUUUCGGAGCCGAGUAUCUUCGACGUCCUAUGCAGGCGGACAUCGGACGCCUUUCAGAUACACGAGGCGCGACACGGAUUUCCCGGGAUGCUCAGGAGUCUUGA